AAGGAAUCCCUUGGAAAAACUGGCUGCUGAAUCUACAGAAGGUUUUGAAGUGAAACUGUCAGUUUCGAGAUUGAAAGGUGUACCAAGAUCGAGAGUACAUCAAGUGGAGGCUCCCUGUAAAACCCCUCGUGUUACGUUCUCGCCAAAGCCAAAAAAGAGAAAGUUGAAUCCAAAUACCCAUUGAAAAUACCUAUAAAUGUACAACUUUUCUCAAAGUAAAAAAUAAAAUUCAUUUCAUUCAAAUUUCUAUUUUUCCACCAGUUUUCUUUCUGCUGUCAUCAAGUAACUAUGUAUAUUCUCAUUAGAGUGUUAACUUUUUAUUAUUAUCCAGAUGAAUUCCAACUUGUUCUGUCCGGAGAGACUAAUCCUGGAAAGUUGUAUGAGCCUGACGUGUUGUCUAGCUGCCUUACCUUCUGUUUGGACAAUAACUCAAGAUGCUUCUUUAUCCAGAUUGUGGUACCAAAGAUGUCGCAAUCAAAGGCUAUGAUGCUGAACCCGUGGCGCGUAGAAUCAUUUGUGAAGGGAGGUACUUUUUUUUUUGUUUUUUUGUUUUGGGUUAAAACGGUGGCGGCAAAUUUAUUAAAAUUUGUAGGAUAUAAAUUGAUGCACAGACUCAUCAUCAAGAAACCUUUCAAGGUACCGAAGAGAAGGUUAUUAGACAGCUUCCUCCUAAUGUCCACAUGUUGUUUUCAGCAAUAUUGUCUCAUAAUUCUGUAUUCGAAAAGCUCAUGGAUACCAUUCGACGUGGUAUGCAGAAUUUAAAUGGCCUUGUCAGAAUUCAAAAGCCCUAUCAGAAAUACAUCACAAACGUGAGGAUGAAUACCAACAGAUGUACCUGAUUUCUUAUCCUGGAAAGGUCCCUUCUGCUCCUUACAUUAUCUUUAUGCAUAUGCAAAACAUGAAAAC